ACAGGGUGUUGUUUGACGUCAUUGAGGUGCGACGGCGCUGCUGCAUUGGAAUGAUGCAGGAGGGAAAGAAAAGAGGUAAAGAAAAGAAACGAGGACACUGUGACCGAGAGCAGAGUGAUGGAGAGAUGAAGAGGAACAACACUGGAUCCAGCACCGAGGAGCCCAGUGAUCUGGAGGAGGGAGGACUGGACCUGAACAAGAUCUUCAGACCCAUCAGCUCCUACAUGCAGGACCGCGAGGAGAUGCUGGAGCAGUGUUUUCAUGUGCUGGGAGAGAAAAAACUCUUGAAGAUGCUCCCGGAUCAACUCAAGGACUCUUCGUUCAGUGAGAUCAAGAAACUGUGCUGGGAUCAGCUGCAGCAGCUCUCUGACGUUCAUCUGCUGGAGAUUCUGGAGGGUAAAGAGUUAUCAGCUGCAGCUGAAGAGAAGAACUUCGCUGACAGCCAGCAGGACAGUAACGUGGACUCCACUUCGUCUCUGAGAGAAGAUCCUGAAACAGAAGAAAAGCAAGGUGCAGGUUCUGGAGAAGACAGUGACGUUCUCAGCAUCAAUGCAGAGAUUGACGACAGUGACAUUGAGGGUCAUAAAGUGGUGAAAGCUGAAGAAUCGGCGAGAGAUGAAGCUCUGGCUCCCAGCGCCGAGCCCAAAGUAGAGCUUCAGCAAGACAUCGACAGAAGCGUGAGUGAAAUUCUGGCUCCGAUGUCUGGCUCUGAGCCUGAAGAUCUGAGGGAAGCAUCACCUGAAAAACCAUUGGUUGAAGAGAGGGCUCCAGCAUCUGCAGUGAAGCAGCCGUCGACUCAGCAGCUGGAGUUACUAGAGCUGGAGAUGAGAGCCAGAGCCAUCAAAGCACUCAUGAAAGCCAGCGAGACCCACAAACACACUCACAGCUGACACACAAACACACUCACCGCUGACACACAAACACACUCACCGCUGACACACAAACACACUCACCGCUGACACACAAACACACUCACCGCUGACACACAAACACACUCACAGCUGACACACAAACACACUCACCGCUGACACACAAACACACUCACCACUGACACACAAACGCACUCACCGCUGACACACAAACACACUCACCGCUGACACACAAACACACUCACCGCUGACACACAAACACACUCACCGCUGACACACAAACACACUCACCGCUGACACACAAACACACUCACCGCUGACACUCAGCCUCAAAUUGUGAUAACUACUUUUAAAUUGUUUGAUCUCACUAAAUAACAGCACAGAUUAUUUGCAGAUGCAAGUAGGUUUGACGGCACAGACUUCACCUUACAUAUUUUCAGGUUUGAUUAGAAAACACAUCAAAAAAAGCCAUCCAAACACCUUGAAGACACUUUGUGUAACUUUGUGAGCAAAUUAAUUAAAAAAGUUAACUCUCA